AUGAUGAAAUUCGUAAGCCCGGACACCACGACGAUGUCGCUGCAGCAUGGCGAACAAUACGACAAUUGUUCGGAGCUGCCCAUCGGACCAGAAAUGACGUCACUGGAAAAGCUUGAUCCGGCCAUUCUGAGCUGUGGGCUACCGGCCAUCGUGUUCAACGACAAGGAUACAUCCAGAGCGGCCCGGACGACGAUGGCGACCUCGAAGACGAAGGUGCGCCGAGCGCCCCAUCUGCCGUCACUGGCGCGAUCCAACGUUUCGUUCAACCUCGAACGGAUCCGCUACUCGGCCGCCCAUCUACAGGAUCUGCGCAAGAGUCCGUUUUCCCGUCGACGCCCAGCCGCCAUCGAUGAUCCGCGGACGGCACAGUAUCCGAUCUGGCAGCGCACCUGCAGCAAUCACCAGGAGCGCGUGCGCAGAAUUAGCGGCACUGACGAGGAACUGAUGCUGCACGGCGGAGGUGCUUCCGGUCGCAAAUCGAACGAUCGUCAGCGCGACAAUGGCUUCAAUCCGCCAAGAUUUCGACGUAAUCAUGAGUUCAGUAACCGGAACCACCACGUGAUCGUGAAAAGCUAUCAUGCCGGGGACGGGGGUGGAGGUCACUAUGGCGCGGUGCGUCUGCAGGACACCAUCAUCGAAGAGGAACCCGAAUGGGUUGCCUCAGGUCCCACGUCUCGGCUGGACACGAUCGAGUUGCGCGGGUUCGACGAGGAUAUGGCGCGCACUGUUACAGAAUCGAUGAAGGCGUCUCCAACUGGCAAACAUCGUGGUGCCUUUUACGACGAUCUGCUUCACUACGAGCACGUGCACCCGAAGCAUGGCGGUGGCGAUGGAGAGAGUGUGUCCACGUCGAAUAAUGGUUCUCCUCCGCCGGCCCGUAGCACACCGACGAAAAACGUGUCGGAUAUGAAUAAUAACGGGCACGGUGUUCACGGUCGCAAAGGGUCGUUGGCCAGUGCCCACUCGAGCUACUCGGCAUCCGGUGGCGGCGUGAACGUGUCCAACUUCGAGGAACUCAUGAAGUUCGAUUCGAUCCUCGGGGAUUCGGGAGACUCAAACAGCUCCCGCUUCAGUAAGUACUACCGUCGCGGAUCAUCUGGUGGGUCGUCAGGAGGGCAUCAGUACCAACAUCAUCAGCACCAGCACCAGGGGUCUCAACACCACCAACAGCAGCAGCAGCAUCACGUGCGGUUUGCUCUGGAUCGUAACACUCAUCACUACACGAACGGUGAUCGGUCUCAACAGCAUCAUCAGCAUCAGCGUCAAGCCGGAUCUGGUCGAUUGUCCUUAUCGAAUUUGCAGCAUGCACCGACGGGUAUCGACACUUCAUAUCCGGACACCGCCUCGGCGGUUGCUGCUCCGGGUUCGACCAUCUCCAACGGGGAUGUGAAGUCCUUCCAGCGUCUUCUCGAGAUGAUGGCCGCAAACCAGCGCCACCAGCAGCAACAGCAGCAGCAGUAUCUGUUGCAGUUGCUCCAGAACUGCCAGCAGACGGAAACACUCCGCCAGAUGCUGAUGAAGAAGUGUUCGCUCGAGAACGCGGCCGCAGCUGCUGUUGCUGCCGCCUCCAUCAACGGUGGUGGCGACAGUGGACAACACCAGCGAGUGCCGACGCAGGCCGAAUUGCAGCUUCACACGCAGACAAUCAUGAAGCAGGCGUUGUUGCGUAAGAAAAUCGUGGAGCAGAGUCGGCUGAUCAUGGAGCAGCAGAACUCCCAGGAACCGAUCCCGGCCGUGCAGCAGCUGAUCCAGUCCAUCUGCCCGAACGUACAGCACAAUCUGCUGGCAUUGUCGAGCGGUGGUUCACAACACCAGCAACAACAUCUUGGACCGGAAGGUCGCAACGGUCCCGCUGGAGGAGGCGCCCUGUACGCCACAGGACAGAGAGGCCUGCCGCGUCAAUCGAACCGCCGUUCUUGA